AUGGGGGACAAGCCGCCCUACCCUGAGCGCCCUGCAGCCCCAGAGCCGCCUGCGGGCCUGGAGGAUUCCCCAGACGCAGAUCAGCACCCUGACCAAGGCUUCCUUUACCCCCAGCCUGCGGGCCUGGAGGAACAGCUGCAGAUGCCCUUUAGCCCCCAGCAGGAGCUCUGGACCAGUCACCCCAACUUCACACAGAUGACCCAGGCCUUCCAGGCCUCCGAAACCCAGCGGGAUGGUGUGGGGUACCCCAUCCAGGGCGUCCUGCAGCCCCAGGGGUACCAGCCCUAUCCCUAUAUGGAUGGAGGCGGAGCCAGGAGCCAAGGCAUCCUGCUGCAGCACCUGGAACAGGAUCCCAGCCACCUCUUCCAGCGCCUGGACACCGCUUACCAGGACCUGCGCCCUGACCUCCUGGACCCGUUCUACCCCCGAGAGGACCUGCCGCUGGAGAGCCCCCAGCAUGGGCCCUACAUGAGGGACGACCCCACGCUUCACUACUCCUCCUCUGACCUGGGCUUCAUCUAUAACCUGGAGGUGCCGGAGCCCGAGCCUCGGGAGCUGGCAGUGCAGAACGCCAAGGCCUACCUGCUGCAGACCAGCGUCAAAUGCGACCUCAGCCUGUAUGAGCACUUGGUGAACCUACUGACCAAGAUCUUGAACCAGCGACCCGAAGACCCUCUGACCAUCCUGGAACCACUGAACCGCACCACACAGUGGGAGUGGUUUCACCCCAAGCUGGACACACUGCGAGAUGACCCUGAGAUGCUGGCUACAUAUGAGAUGGCGGAGAAGCAGAAGGCACUGUUCAUCCGUAGCAGUGGCGGUGGUGAGGGUGAACAGGAGAUGGAAGAGGAGGUGAUGGAUGCGCCUGUGCCCAACAUCAUGGAGACGGCCUUCUACUUCGAGCAGGCAGGCAUCGGCCUGGGCUCGGAUGAGAGUUUCCGCAUCUUCCUGGCCUUCAAGCAGCUGGUGGAGCAGCAGCCCAUCCUCACCUGCCGCUUCUGGGGCAAGAUCCUGGGCCUCAAGCGCAGCUACCUGGUGGCCGAGGUGGAAUUCCGGGAAGGCGAGGAGGAGGGCGAGGAAGAGGAGGAGGCAGAGGAGCCAACGGAGGGCGGCGACCUCCUGGAGGCGCACGAGGAGGAGGACGAGGAGGAUGAGGAGAAGGCGGUGGACAAGGUCCCCAAACCUACGUGGAAGCCGCCACCCACGGUCCCCAAGGAGGAGAGCCGCUCGGGCGCCAACAAGUACCUGUACUUCGUGUGCAACGAGCCGGGCCUGCCGUGGACGCGCCUGCCGCACGUGACGCCGGCACAGAUCGUGCACGCGCGCAAGAUCCGGAAGUUCUUCACCGGCUACCUGGACGCGCCGGUGGUCAGCUACCCGCCCUUCCCGGGCAACGAGGCCAACUACCUGCGCGCACAGAUCGCCCGCAUCUCGGCCACCACGCACAUCAGCCCGCUGGGCUUCUACCAGUUUGGAGAGGAAGAGGGCGACGAGGAGGAGGAGGGCGGCGCGGGGCGCGAGUCGUUCGAGGAAAACCCGGACUUCGAGGGCAUCCCCGUGGGCGAGCUGGUGGACUCCAUGGCCAACUGGGUGCACCACACCCAGCACAUCCUGCGACAGGGCCGAUGCACCUGGGUGAAUCCUCUGCAGAAGACAGAGGAAGAGGAGGAACUGGGGGAAGAGGAAGAAAAGGCGGAUGAGGGGAUGGAGGAGAUGGAGCAGGAGGUUGGUCCCCCACUCCUGACACCACUCUCAGAAGAUGCAGAAAUCAUGCACCUUUCGCCCUGGACUGCUCACCUGUCCUGCAGUUUCUCCUCGCAGUACUCGCUGGCCGUGGUGCGCUCCAAUCUCUGGCCCGGGGCUUAUACCUACGCCAUUGGCAGAAAAUUCGAGAACAUCUAUAUUGGCUGGGGCCACAAGUACAGCCCCGAGAACUUCAACCCGGCCUUGCCAGCACUUGUUCAGCAGGAGUACCCCAGUGGGCUCGAGAUCAUGGAGAUGAACGACCCCACGGUGGAGGAGGAGCAGGCCCUCAAGGUGGCCCAGGAGCAGGCGCUGGCAGCUGCAGAGAUUGAAGAGGAGGAUGAGGAGGAAGAGGAGGAUGAGGAGGAAGAUGACUGA